GCGAGACUGCUGCUCCUACGAUCGGCUGCGGCCAGCGCUUCCUUCUCGCUGGCUUCGAACAUGGUGGCGCUGAUCGCGGGCUCAUUGCUCAUGGCCAUGUCUGGCACAUUUUGGGCGGCGGCUCCAGCCAUGCUGGUGUGCUUGUGUCGAGGUUGACUGCGGGUGUAAUGGUGUUGCACAGAAAGUGGGCAGUCAAUAGCGGGGUCACAGGGAAGCACGCUGAUCCCAUCACAGCGAGAGCAGCAAAGCGAGGGAAGCUCGUGAUUCGUGAACUGCAGCUGUUUCAAGCAGGUGAGUAUGAUUGGACACGGGAGCAGUCUUGGACCUGCUAUGUUAUCGACUGCCGCGACCUCUUGAGAGGAGCUAAGGAUGGGAAGAAUUGCUGCCAAGUCUAUCGACAUUGCUUCAAGACUCGGCGCAUGAAGAUCACAGGGGUCUCCCAGCCACUCAUGCGAGGCAGCAUUGUUACCCGGCUGUUUGUGAGUUCGCAUCGCGCUGUGGGCUGUUCGAGGGGUAGUAGGAUGCGAAAAAUAAACUUCCUACCAUUUCAAGAAAGCCCAAAUCGCUCCCUCCCUGCGCUAAUGACCAAAGCCAUCAUUGACAAACUGGUGAGAUCCACCAGGUGGUGCAAUUCACAUUUCCUCCGCCUUGGCAAAGCGGAAUCCCUUGGCACCAAGUGCCUCUCGGCUCCUCCAAAAACGGCUCAUAAAGGCAGGUUGACAAGCACGGCAAAUCAGCUGAAUUUGGCCAAUAGAUCGCUAGCUCGAGACUCGAUCAGGACAAGGGUUAAACGGGCGCGACCCGCCUUGCUUUUCGAAACACGGUGCGCAUCAACGCCCAUGCUUAUCUCCUCACUCUUUGGGAUACACCACCGAAACCAAGGCGUCGUGGCAACUUGGGCUUCGUCUUGGAGCGGGAGUGGCAUUUGCGCCGUUGAUGGCAACAUCAACUUCUUUAUGCGAGAUUGGUCAGCCAAUGGUAGUGAGAGCAUUCACCUCUUUAUUGAAUGGUGGAAUUUCAUGACAUGGGUGGAUGUGUUGGAGUUGGAGUUGGAGUUGGCUGCUGUGCUCAGCACCCACACCACCGCUCUGUUACCCCGAACGAGUUGGCGUAAAGGUGGCGAUAUUGCUUAUCAGCUUGGCCCUGCUGCAAGAGAAAUUUUCUGGAAGGUGUUCUUGCUGGGUCUGACCAUACUCAUGCUUUUCCAAGGUUGCUCUCCCCAUGCCCGUCCAUUGAUGGUGGGCCUCAAGAACACUAUUUCGGCUCCGACCGAGUUUUCCAGAAACCUGGUCUGGUCUUUGAGCGGUGGGCUCUCGGGCACCGGGUUACAGGGUUGGGUAUUUGGAACCACGUUUUCGCUGUCGAGGACGAGGGUGCUUAAGCGAAUGCUUCAAGGAGAGAGACUGGCGAGGGUUAUAUGGGAGCAGUUCUUCAUAGUACCUCAACGCGGCGCCGGACUAGAAGUCGUCUAUCUGACAGGAAAGCUGAGAUUAUGA